CCUGCCCUUGCGGUAGAUAAAGCCCAGCCCGACUCCGUGACCGCCCUCAUCUCGUUUUUUUUUUUGAGUUCACUCCUUAAACUGUAUUUAAAAAUUCACUUGGCAGAGGCCAUCGCUGUAUCUGGAGACAUCUGAAAUGCGAUAAAGCUGUAAAAAGUGCAAAAUGUGGUUAGGGAAGUGAACUUCUACCUGGCUUGGGAAAGCAUGGCUAUUUGUUUUGGAGGCCUCAGUUUCCCCACCUGUGAAAGGGGCACAAGGUUAUAUGGCAGUAACCCUUAGAGGCCCUAAGGAUGGGGCUGACUGGGGGCGUGGAGGUCUCCAGGGUUAUCCUGCCAGAUGCUCUGCAGACCCAGCGCAGGCUGAUGGGCCUGGACACAGCAAGGGGACUUCGCUGGGCUCCAUCUGAGGAUUGAGUCCACCGUCAUGAUGUGGAGAUCACUUUAACUUGGGUUUCUCCCAUUGCUUUCCCUUCCUUUGCAGUUUCUGCAGGAACAGCCAGAGCCCUUGGGUCACCAGGGUGCAUCCUGCUGGUACCUCCACUUGUCAGAGCCUCAGAGAGCACAACCUGCACCCUGGCGUCAGGCAUUGCCCUCCUGUGCGGGGUUUAGAGAGGGUGUACUUUGCCUCCACCCUCUAGGGGUACCACUCCCCUCCCCCCAGCUGGAUGGAACACAUGUUCUUUUAGUGCAGGGUUCGGGGGGAAACCUCCCUUGAAACACGCCACUAAAGGGAAUCUGAGGAGGCUUGAUUGAGAAGCCUGGGAGUAAGGUGAUCUGGCUGCCCUUCCCCCCAUCACCCAGCUUUUUAAAUCUUCUGUCCCACAUUCUAUUGCAAGAUUAACACAUGGGAAAGGAGCAUUAAGGAGCCAUGUGUUAGCACAGGGGUGGCAUCCAGACCCACUGGUGCUGGCUUCAGUUUUCAGCAGUGUUGAUGGUGGCUGCCGCCCUCGUUGGCAGAGCACAUGUGGGGCCUUCCCAGGGGGACAGCUGCAAAGGUAUUGGUGCAGGACCCCUUGCAUUUCCUCUCUCCCCUCCUUCUCCACUCAUAGACAGGUCUCCCGCUCCUCCCUGUCGAGUGGCAUGGAUGUUGCUUGGUGCAGUGAAAAGGUGAUGCCUUUCUUCUCGGUUUCUCUGUCUGCUAAGACCUGCUCCUGAGGGGAACCGUGAAACCAGAGCAGCUCUAAUCCUCUGCUUGGUGCCUGCUGGGGUGGCCUUGGGCUUACAGGGCAGUGAAGCCAUUGGUGUUGUUCCUAUCCUGCUUUGUGUGUGGUGACACCUCUCUGGAUUGAAGCCAGCUGGGAACUGGAGUGUCCCAAGACAAAGCCAGCCUCCAAGCUUUUUUAUUUUAUUUUAUUUUUUUGUGCCCUCAGUGCAGCUGGGGCUUCUUGGCACACCUGAGCCGAAUGUUACAACCCAUUUCCAGUAGAACUUGGCCGGGGAGGCAAGCUGCAGGGAGAAGGUGAGAGGAAAGGGCCAGCACUGGGUCUGGAGAGUUGACACCUCACGCGGAGUCCCUAAAAAGGCCCCCAAUUUAGGAUCAUCACCCAGGCGAGGUGAGGAACCCAUAACUCAGAACUAGAAAGUUUUACGUUCCUAUAUAGACACCGUCUGGAGUAAGCGAUGAAGAGUUUGGUCUCUAAAUCAGACUUCCUGGGUUCAGUGUCCUGGUUCUGACACUAGCUUUUUGUCCUUGAACCAGUUGCUCUGUCUCUUUACUCUCCUUACCUAUAAAAGGGGGAGGCUAAGGGUUCCUGGCUCAUGGGACUGUUGUACUAAAUGAGUUACUGAGCCUAGUAAUGAGCCAGUGCCCAUUGAGUGUCAGCUGAUAUCUACAUCACCUUUCUCAUUAUUAUGUCACCGUCAGUUGUCCAAAGGACAAUGGAGAUGAUGUGUUUGUGGACCUGCUGGAAGCAGCCACUCAUCGAAACAACCCACUUGUUCAUGGAUGCAAACCAGCCUGACUGUGGUGUAGAUGGCCCAGUGGGAAUCCUUAGCCCCGCCCCUUACAAAAGGCUGCUCAAGUCUUCCUGGCCCCUCCCAGUCUUACUUCCCACGGGGGAGGCUUUGGGAUGAGCAGACUGCUGUCUGCUCACUUGAUCAGACAUCCGUUUUCAUUGGUCCCCUCCUUCGAUCUUUUCCUGGAUGAGGAUGAAUUGUUUCCAGGGCACCAAUGCCUCUGCUCUGGAAAAAGACAUUGGUCCAGAGCAGUUUCCAAUCAAUGAACACUACUUCGGAUUGGUCAAUUUCGGAAACACCUGCUACUGUAACUCUGUGCUUCAGGCCUUGUACUUCUGCCGGCCUUUCCGGGAGAAUGUGCUGGCAUACAAGGCCCAGCAAAAAAAGAAGGAAAACUUGUUGACGUGCCUGGCAGACCUUUUCCACAGCAUCGCCACGCAGAAGAAGAAAGUCGGCGUGAUCCCACCAAAGAAGUUCAUUUCGCGGCUGAGAAAAGAAAAUGAUCUCUUUGAUAACUACAUGCAGCAGGAUGCUCACGAGUUUCUAAAUUAUUUGCUAAACACUAUUGCGGACAUCCUGCAGGAAGAGAAGAAGCAGGAGAAACAAAAUGGGAAAUUAAAAAAUGGCAACAUGAACGAACCUGCGGAGAAUAAUAAACCAGAACUCACCUGGGUCCAUGAGAUCUUUCAGGGAACGCUCACCAAUGAGACUCGAUGCUUGAACUGUGAAACUGUUAGUAGCAAAGAUGAAGAUUUUCUUGAUCUUUCUGUCGACGUGGAGCAGAAUACAUCCAUCACCCACUGUCUCAGAGACUUCAGCAACACAGAAACGCUGUGUAGUGAACAGAAGUAUUAUUGUGAAACAUGCUGCAGCAAACAGGAGGCCCAGAAAAGGAUGAGAGUCAAAAAGCUGCCCAUGAUUUUGGCCCUGCACCUCAAGCGAUUCAAGUACAUGGAGCAGCUCCACAGGUACACCAAGCUGUCCUACCGUGUGGUCUUCCCGCUGGAACUCCGGCUCUUCAACACCUCCAGUGAUGCGGUGAACCUGGACCGCAUGUACGACCUGGUGGCGGUGGUGGUUCACUGUGGCAGUGGUCCUAACCGUGGGCAUUAUAUUACUAUCGUGAAAAGUCACGGCUUCUGGCUUUUGUUUGAUGAUGACAUUGUAGAGAAAAUAGAUGCCCAAGCUAUUGAAGAAUUCUAUGGCCUGACAUCAGAUAUAUCAAAAAAUUCAGAAUCUGGAUAUAUUUUAUUCUAUCAGUCAAGAGAAUAAUGUAAGGAAUGUGGGACUAAUCCGAGUGGGGAAAAUGUUCAAAGCACUCUUAGCCUGGUUUCUCUGCAGCCGUUCCUCCUCCCCAGCGGCCCACCAACGGCGUUACUCCGCGUUUCAGUGGCCUGGCUGUGUUCAACUUUCUCUCCCUGCGUUUUUUUUUUUUUUUUUUUUUUUUUUUCCCUACUUGCAGCGCUACUCGUGGUUUUAUUUUAGUCUGAGGUCGAGUUAACUGCAAUCCGAUUGUAGUAAGGUUUAGAUGAAUCACGUUUGCUAAUUUUAGGAUCAGGUACCUGCCAACGCCCCCCGGCUGUGCCUGGCUGAAUUACAUCGACAUUUCAUACAAACAUCAUUGACAGUCUCUUUGGGGUCUUGGCUAAUCUCCCUAAGGGGCUUCCAGGGUCUCCAUUCAAUGCAUUCCUUUUAACUCAUCCCUGGAAACAUGGCUCACCAUUUGUAGCUUCUCUGCCUCUUUUCUGAGAGAAGGAUGAGGUAGACGUGCCUCUUUUCGAGCUGCACCCAUAGCUUUAAGUGUGUGCAAGUGAAAAUGUUUAAAAGCAAGUGACCUCGAAACCAAAAUCCUCCUCCAGGGAGCGCGGGGGUGAAAGAAGCUGUCGCUGGUGGCUGCGUUCCCCACGGAGCUGUGCUCCCCCGGCCGCCAGCAUUCCAGGGGCUGAGGACGAGUGCAGCUCAGGGCAGGAGGAGCUGAGAGGAGGAAGCUUUUGUGCACAGCGGAAGUGGCUUUGCUGCCCUUUCUACCAAAACCGAGUUUCAGGAAAAUGGCUCUGUGCUCUUUGUUUUUAGUGACACUUUGCUUGUGUCCUGUGAGUUGUAGCUCCCCUUUAUCUGGCACUGCUAAGCUUUCCAAGGUAUCCUUCCCGUCCAGCUGGUGUUUGGUGGUCCAUCGUGGCAGGGUUGAGACACCUCGGGGACUGCCAGGGGGGUCCCUGCUCUCCUUCUCCAGGCAUCGCCUGCACCAUCCUUUUCCAGGAGGGACGAAGGCACAGCCCCUUUCCUCCUAUCAGCCACUUUGUACAGCUCUUCACUUUUUAGCACUUCGGUCUGUUUACUGAGGCCCUGGCAAGUCCCAGGGCUCACAUGGAACUUUCCCUGGAGGAGAUGCUGGAGUUAGGGGGUGGAAUGCAGGCAGGUCACAGAAAGUGUGAGUGGGCGGGUGGAGAGAUGAACAAAGCAGCGGCGUUUCUCUGGCUCAGACUCCUAAGAAUGCUUGACAAGACAAGUGUUUUUUGGAAGAACCUCAUCUCACCAUAGUUACUUUUUUCACUUUUGUUAUAUAUGUAUUUAUUAGAUCAUCUAAGUAUUGGUACCUUUUAUUAAAAGGGUCGAUGUGGUGUUUUGCUGUUGAGCUGGUUUUUCGUUUCCUAUAAAUGAGUUGUAGAUCUUGGCUUCCUUUGGGAAGUCCAUUGACUUCCAUACACUAUGAUAUACUGUGAACCUAUUCUUUUGUUACCUAAUAAAUCAGCGAACGAACAUGCAAACUCUUUGGCAGAAUGUGAACUCAAAUUGACACCGAAUAUGUUACUGGCCAUUUUGCAGCAAUUAAGAGCAUAGCACUUUAUCUCGAUGAAAACUGGAUUCCUUAUCUUUGAAAUAUCUUGAACUGUUUCUCGCUCACAACUUCAAUAAGCAUGCCAACACUUCACCUGUUCAUGCUUGAAGUGAAAUGUUUUAUUUUUCACUGGAGAAGACAAAAACAGGGUGAUCUUCACAUUAUUGUUUUAUACAAGUGAUGAAAAUAUACCUUGCCUUGUUUCGAGGCGAAUUCCUAUUUAUAAAGAUGUUGUCUUUUUUUCCUCCACAAAACAUAUAACAUUGCUUACCUGGAAGGUGAAUUUUUAUUCUGUUUUUAAGAAGAGACGCUUUCCGGUUGCAGGUGACUGAUAUAGGUAGGGUUCUGAUUGUACUACACAUAAUCCAUGUUUUUGACUGUAGGUUGCAAAGUUGAACAAAAGAUGAUUGCUCUCUAAUAUAUCUGGAACUGAUUCAUGAGAAGAGCUAAAAUAAGAUUAUCUUGGAAAUGAAUCUAAUUUAUUCAGAAAGAAAAGUUUGAAUCGGAAGCCUCUAGAAGUAAUAUGUAAAUGCUCAGUCAUAGAUGCAAUGCUUUUGUUGUUGUUGUUGUUGUGUAAAAAGUUUUUCCCAGUGAUUUCACUGAACUAGUUCCCUUUAAUAGAAAGGGUCAGCUAAAAUUCAGUAUUCCUGGGUACAUUUUUGGAAUCAAAAAGUAAGUACUGAAGAGAAGACCAAGACAUUAAAAUGGUUGUGUGAUGCAGGAAAGAAGAUUGAGAAAAGACCAAAACACUUCUCCGCCAACACUCCAUCCUUUUUUGUUUUUUGUUUUUUUUUUAAACUUUAGGGCUAUCAGGGAAAUUUCUUCCCUCUUCCUCCUUCAUAAACGAAAAGAACCCUAGGCAGCUACGUUUCCCUCCAGUCAUUUCAGGUUAUGUGACGGCGAGGACACGUGAUCACUUCUCUUCUUUUUCAUCCCUCCCUCAUCGUGGGAAGCAGGGAGUGGUGUGGGAUGUGUGAGACCCUUCUGAGGUCAAGGACAGCACAAUGGCUCAGCAGUAUUCCCUGCGAUGCCCAGGGGUUUUGUGUGUCAUUUCUGGCAGGAGCGAGCAAGCCGGCAGUAGUUCUUUUACCUACGGGGUGUUUUGAAAUAAGUUACAGUGAUUUACAGGUUACAAAGAGAAAGAAGGAAUAUCUACUUUAUUUGGUUACUUCCUUGUCGGACGUCGAGAUGAGGGUCCGUUGGCUACAACGUCAUUUGUCUCAAUGUUGGUAGAAUGCUGGUCUCCAGUCCUGUUCUUCUGAUGCAUUUUUUUUCAUUCCGGGGCAACGUGAAGGGGGCUGGUUUGAAGAACGCCAAGGAAUCACACAAGAGGGUGGUGCUUUGACUAGGAAACCAGUCAUAUUGGUUUUAUAGCCUGGUAUAUUUUGGAUUUCAGAUGAAAUGGGGGGCGGGGAGUGACAGAAAUGGUCCCUAUGCAUUUAUUUUCAUGGAUACCCUUAAAUUUUCAUGGGCAUGCCUAACAAUGAACUAUGGUCUAACUGGAGCUUAGGGCUUAUUUUAGAUAUUGGAGUGUAGCUUUAUUACAGAUGGAUUUUAUCUUUAAACAUUGCAUUUUGAUCAACUUUGUAUAUUCAUGUGUAUUAAAAUAUUGUGCACUAAAUGUUUUGCCCUCGUUUGCUAUUAUAUGGUCAAGGCAUUUAUCAGCACUCGUGUGAUUAACUCAUGUAAGUGGCAUGGGUCAGGGAAAACGAUUUCCUACAUUUCUGCCUAAUUAAAUUUCUGUUUUCCAGUAUUACAUUAAUUUAUUUUUGGCUUCCAUUUCUGUGUAACCAAAAUAGUUACUGUAUUUGUGUGGCAUUCCUUUAUUUGACUUUGUUGCUAAGAAAAAAAGAAAAAAAGUUAGUUUUUAUUUAAAAUAAUCUGUACCUUUUUUUUUUUAAUGUAACCAACUCAAGCACUUUAAGCAAUAAUGUCAAUCUUGUGAAACUUCAAUCGGUUUAACACCCUGCCUCUAAAAUUGUUUGCAAAAAAAUAAAUAAAUAAAAUAGGAAUUCUC